AUGCUAUGUGAUAAACUUGAAGACUUGAGUGUCUGUAGGAAAUACUCAGACACAAAACAUCUUUUGAAAUGUGUCAACAUUGAAGGCAAGUAUUUCCUAUGCAAAUAAAUUUAGUAAAUAAAACUUCUUUAAUAGCUGGAAGGCUGGAUAUCUGCUUUACUACAGUUCAUGGGUGUUACAUGCAAAGCUGCAAUUAAACUGUAGGCUGUGCUUUUUUUACUAUGUUAGUGUAAUUUCACAAUAAAUUGUUCCUUCGAAAGUGUGUACUGCAGAGCAAACUGGGUGAAAGAUAUGUGACUGUUAGAAAGUAGCAAGUUGGUCAAAUAUUCACAUGUAACUGCAGUUAUUCUGUAUCUUCCUGAGUUCAGUAUCUUAUUUACAUGUCCUGCAGGAUUUGCUGGUGCCCUGUGCAGCCAUUAUGUUGACCAGUGUAGCUGCUGUUGGUGCCGAGGAAGAAAAUAUGACUGUAACAGAAGAUUUUAGUAGAGUAGAAAAUACUUACCAAAUGGAAGCAGAGGUCUGCAUCACAUUCAGUGAUUUUGGACAAAUGCAGAAUAUUUGCAAUCUACUCACUGAAAAGUUAGGAACAUCUGUUAUCAUCAAUCCACCUCAUUUCUACCAUACACCAGAAGCCAUAGACACCCUUCGAAAAACAUGACUUGCAAGAAACGAGGCUUACAUCCUUCCUUUUUGUACAUGGGCCCCAUGGCCGUCUGCUACCACCCUUCUUCCUUUGCAAGUGACAACUGUACUCCAGAGAGGAAGAACAAGUUCAGAACAUAAUGGCACCUCCAAUAACCAUGGUCCUGAUCCUGGAGAGAGCUAAGGCAACUUCUAUAUGUAUAUAUAUGAAUCUUCCAACAAAGAAGUGCCUGUGAAAAUAAAUCCUAGGCCAGGGAAUAUGGGCCAUUACAUUCUCUGCUAUCCAUAAACAUUCCUGCCCAAAGUAACCCACAGUCUAAACAAAAAAAAAGUGAGGGAUGAAUACGGAGUUUGUGAUGCAAUCAGUAUCUAUCCAUGAACAAUGAGCCAGUG